AUGAAGCCAGCGGCUCUCCUCCUCCUCCUCUGGUGCGGCUGCAGUGCCCAGCGCAUUGAUUACGUCUCUCCACAUCGAGGCAGCCUGAACGGAGCAACGCGGGUGAUGAUCCAAGGAAGCGGUUUCGCCCAGGAGAAACAGUUCCAGCUGAAUCCCAAAGACGACUCGUUUGGCAACCGGGUGGUGAUGGUGUCAAACACCCUGUCGGUGCCCUGCGACGUGGAGAGGGACUCGACGCACGGCAGCCGGAUCACGUGUGUCACCAGAGCCAUGCCGCACGCGCGGUACACGGUGCGCGUCAGCGUGGACGGCGUCCCCAUCCCCGAUGCCAACGUGUGCAAAGGCGCGCUCGCGGGACACCACUGCACCUUCUACCCCGUGUGGUAUCGCACGCCCAGCAUGGACGCCGUGAGUCCAUCCAGCGGGCCCCCAGGCACCCUGGUGACCCUGCGAGGACGGAUCUUCACCAAUGUGUACGGCAGCAACACAGAGAAGAGCCCCAACGGCUUAAACGUCAGGUUCCUGAGAGCCUACAUGGGAGGGAUGCCGUGCGAGCUGCUGAAGCCGGACUCAGACGAACUGUAUAACCUCCGACUGGACAGCGAUAGUUCUUGGUGGGGAUUCAUGAGCUGCAGGAUGACGGGGACGUACGUCGGGCAUCACAACCUGACGUACAUCCUGGAUGAUCAGUUCGGAAGGAGUUUAGCAGAAAAGAAGGUGCCCAGGGUUUCAGCUUCGGGGAAGCUCUCCAUGUUUCAGACCUAUGCAGAGGUGACGGGCGUCUCUCCAGCGGCGGGCAGCGUCAUGGGCGGAACCCUGCUGACCAUCCGCGGACGCCACUUCGACCAAACCGACCGGCCGCGGGUUCUCGUUGGAGGCCUGCCUUGUGACGUCCAGACUGUGUCCGACGGCACGAUCACGUGCCGGACGGCGAAGCACGAGAUGAACAACGACAACACCACGAUCUACCCAGGUGGAAGAGGCUUGAAGAUGGAGGUGUGGACCGAGACACCAAAAAGAAGCCUGUCUGAGAUUAUGAGCUACGACGAGAACACGACUGGAUACUCGACGGAGUGGAUCGACUCCUUGCCUCAUGUCUUUUUGAAUGAACUCGAUUACUUCAGCUCACGAUCCAGAGGCUUCUUGGUCCCACCGGUCAGCGCCAACUACACGGUGUACCUGAACUGUGAUGACAAAUGUGAACUCUACCUCAGCAACUCCAGCCGCCCAGAAGACAAGGUUAGAAUUGCAUACCAGCCAACUAAUGCCAAAGACUUCAAACAAAUGGCAUCGCAGAGGUCUGUAGUGCUGGAGCUGAAGCAAGGACAACCUUACUACAUAGAACUUCUGCAUCAAGACUAUACCUCUGUUGCGAGUUUCAACGUCGCCUUGUUCCGAGGGGAGAGUUCUUUCACAAAAGACCAGACGGAAGAUGCGGUCAAUGAGUUCCAGGAUAUCAUGGCUAGUUAUGACGUGUUCGAUGAGGAACAGGUGGUGACCUUUGACUCCUGGCCAAGCCACGUCGCUGCAGUCAAAGAGGUCCAGGAGGUGACCGUCAGGAGCGGCUGUGCCAGCCAUCUUUGCGGGAGCACCUUCCUGAGCCUGGGCUAUGGAGACGCCAAGACAGGACCGAUUCCAGUGAAGGCCUCGGCCGAUGUGGUGGAGGCCUCCCUGAACAGCCUUUGGACCAUCAAACCCGACUCGGUCACGGUCACCAAACAAGACGACAGCCGAGGAUCGAACUACCGGGUCACGUUUGAUUCUGACAGAGGGGAUUUCAAACUUCUAUACGGGGAAGUGUUUGGCUCCGACACCAACGUCACCGUUGCCGAGAUAACGAAGGGGAUAAGCGACAUGAAGACCUUCACUCUGCUGUGGGGGGGAAUCCCCACCAAGCCCCUCGCCUUCAACGCAACGGAGUCUGAGGUGCGGUCGUCUCUGGAGGACAUGAUGAAAGCCGAGUGUCCCGCGGAGGUCCUGACCAACGGGACUGAUGUGAAGUACUUCAAUGACUUUGAAUUUGACAACGCCCAGUUCGACAGCGCUGAGAAAGGGACUCCGAUGAAAAACACUGCUUUCUGUGGCAUGUGGUCGCUGAAGAACGCAGAGGUCCUCUUCAAGUCCACUUACACCAACGUGUCUGGUGACAGCUACGGAUCCAUCUCGUUGGACAAGUAUCCCGCGCUUUGCUUUGCAUACAAGGGGAUGUUGAAGAAUGAAGUCGGAAUGAAGUUCACUUACCAAGUCAGCCAAGGCCAGACCCAGAAAGAGACCGCAAAGAUCAGCACCCUCUUCACCAAGGGCCUCAAAUGGAGUUACAAAUGCAUGGACCUAGAGAGCUCCCUGCAGACGGACUACGUCGGAAGCGAUUACGCUCUGCAGGAGUUUUACCUCUACAAAGACGGGGGAGAUUUCUACGUGGAUGCCGUUCACAUCGGGAAGCAUCCGACUGCAAGCGGUACGGGGCUCGAUCGUAGCGUUUCCCUCAGGAGGAGGCCUCCACCCUUUGAGAGCCAAGGAGGGUCCUUCGCGGAGAUCGUUGUCGCCAAAGACAUGUCGGCCGCCCCACGGAUCAGCUACGAGAUCAAAGCCAGGCCAGUCGAAUGCGCCUUCGGUUUCCCGCUUCUCGAAGUUGGCUUCCUGCAGAUGUCCAACAGCAGCGAGGAUGCGGCUGAGUUCUGGGGCGGAGGGGCCACCGUCAACGUCACUCGCCCUCACAGAGCCACCGCUCCUCUGAGCGGCACCUUCGACGUGGAGAGCUACGGAGGCCGAGCUGAAGGUCUGUCGGUGGACAUCAGCACGGAGGACCUGAAGUACGCUCUACAGGGAAUCGCGGGGAUGGGCGAGGUCAGCGUCAGAAGCUUGGGAAGCUGCAGAGCUCCCAGGUGGAGGGUCGAGUGGCUCACCAAUCCCGGAGACCAGCCUCUGAUCCAGGUGGUCGGCUCGUCGCUCGUGGGCCAAAACGCAGCUGUUUAUGCGAAGGAGAAGAAGAAGGGAGGCCUGUUGACGCGAAGCCUGACAGGAGAUUACUUCCGUGUCUGGGAAGACAAACCACAGGUGGAGGUUUUCAUCAACGACAUUAUCUCAAAGUCUUCUGGCGACUGUGGAUACGAAUGGUCCGAGGACAAAACUCCAAUUAUGACUGGAAUCAGCCCAUCUGAAGGAUCCAACGGCCUCGGGACUCUUCUGACCGUCACUGGCACCGGCUUCAGGAGUGAAAACGCCUCCGUCUUCGUGGGAAAGACCCGGUGCCUUGUUGAGCAGAUCACCGCAACCACUCAGGUGUGCAGACUCGGCGCCGCCAGCGCGGGUACUUACCCCGUGUCGGUGAGCUUCCCCUCCCUGGGGAAUUCCGGGGGCGACGUCUUCCUCUUCACCUACCAGCUCGUCGUUUCCUCUUUCGCUCCGCUCUCCGGAAGCGUGGCAGGAGGCACUGUGCUGACGGUGACGGGUUUCGGCUUCGGCGAGAACGCGGCGGUUACCGUUGGCGGUGACGAGUGCGCCGUGGUUGAUGCCAGCUACACUGAGCUGAGAUGCAGGACGCCACCAGGGACUGCAGGACCACAGAGCGUCACCGUGACGGUGGGAAACACGAGUCAGACCGCCGGCAGCUCCUUCACCUUCGAUGACAAGCUCACGGCGCGGAUCUCAGGCCUGAGUCCCCGCACCACCACUGUGAUCGGACGAGAGGUUCUCACCGUCCAGGGCUCGAACCUGGGAGGCCGGGACGACGACGGCGGCGUGUUCGUGGGCGGGAAGGAGUGCGAGACGGUGCAGUGGGCGGCGGCCACCGUCACCUGCCGUCUCCCCGUGCUGCCGCCCGGCACGCACAAGGUGGACGUACGGCUCGGGGACAGUGGCAACCCCCAGAUAAGCGACGGUGUGAAGGCCACCAUCGAGUACAUCCUGGAGGUCUACAGCGUUUCCCCGCAGCUCGGCUCCUUGAUGGGCGGAACCAUGCUGACUGUGGCCGGCUCCGGUUUCAGCAACAAUGCCUCGGACAACAAAAUCUCCAUCGGAGGAGCUGAGUGUGAAGUGACGGCGGCCUCGGACAACGAACUGCAGUGUGUGUUGCAGUCGGAGGAGAAGACCCUCACCGUCACCAACCAGGGAUCCCACCGCACGUAUGGACUCGGCUAUGCGUGGGAUCCCAACUCGCUGACGGUGCUCGUCGGAGACACGGUGAAGUGGCGCUGGGAGGCCCCGGUGUUCCAGGGGACAGCCUACGGGGUCCUCAGUGUCUCCAGCCCGAGUGAGACCACCUACGACGGGGGGCCGCUCUACAGCGGGGACACCAACACCCCCAGAGGGUUCUUCGUCUACCGCUUCACGGCCCCCGGCGUGUAUUACUACAGCAGCGGCUUCAUCGACGGCGCCAACCUGAGGAGCCUGCAGGGCGUGGUGAAGGUGGAGGCCCGCGAGGAGAGGAGCAGCUUGGUCUCCGUCAGCGUGGGGGGGGUGGAGGCCCGACACGUGGCAGGAGGUUCUCGUCGUGUCUCCAGAGCAGCGGCCCCGCGGUGCGUCGCCUCCCCGCUGUGCCCUCAGACCAACGUGACCUCGGCCGGCCUUUCCUUCAGCACCUCCGCCUGCUCCACCCCCACGGUCCGCUCCAUCUCCCCCAACCAGGGCACGUACCACCAGGUCAUCCACAUCGAGGGCGCCGGCUUCGGCGACACCGCCUGCGCCAAUGAGGUGACGGUGGGAGCCGCGCGCUGCCAGGUGGUCAACAGCUCUGUCUCUGAGAUCUUCUGCCGGCUCGGCGGCGACAGCCGGCUUCCCAUCGCUGUCGCUCUGCCCGUCGCCGUGCGCGUCAACAACCUGGGCAGCGCCAUCGUCGCCGUGCCGGACGAGCUCGGCCGCCGCUUCGCCGUCCUGCCGGUGGUCGACUCGGUCUCGCCUCCCGUCGGCAGCGCCAACGGCCUCACGCGGCUCCUCGUCCGCGGCUCCGGCUUCUCCGGCGGGGCGGUGACCGUGGCCGGCCGGCCGUGCGCCACCGUGUGGGCCAACUACACGCACGUCGCCUGCGACACCGCCGCCUCUCCGCCGCGGGCCGGCGACGCCGUCUACCACGCCGGCCGGCUGCAGAGCUCCUGCGGCUCCGGCUGCUCCUUCGAGUACUCGUCCUCCGUCGACGCCACGGUGUCCGGCGUCACCCCCGACAGCAUCGGCGAACCGACCGCCGUCGCCGUCGCCGUCUCCGGCUCGGGGUUCGGCGUCAGCGUGGACGACGUGGUCGUCUUCGCCGGCGCCUCGGAGCUGGCCGUCACCGGCGUGACGGACGGCGAGGUCACCGUGAGCGUGAGUGCCCUGCCCGCCGGCGACCACCAGGUCAGCGUGAUCGUGAGGAGUAAAGGCCUGGCGUCCGGCUCCGCCACCCUGAGCAGCCUCGCGCGAGCCGCACUCGACCCGGAGGCGGGCAGCCUGGCCGGAGGGACGCCGCUCGUCUUCGCCGGAAACGGCUUCGUGGCGGGGAACACCAGCGUGACGGUCGGCGGCUCGCCGUGCGAGAUUCAGGAGGUGACGGCGAGCUCGCUGCGCUGCCUGACGGCGCCGCACCGCGCCGGGACGAGCGCCGUCCACAUCCGGGUCUUCUCGGAGCGCUAUCCCUCGCUCAACUUCACCUACUCCGCGGCACACACUCCCACCGUCAGCUCCAUCAGCCCCGGCUCUGGGCCGAGCGGCGCGACCGUCACGCUGACCGGCUCGGGAUUCGGCGCCGACCCCCAGCUCGUCUCCGUCACCAUAAACGACGUCGUCUGUGCCGUGUCCGCCACGUCCGACACGCAGGUCCAGUGCACCGCGGGAGACAACCCGGGCGGGGCCUACCCGGUCGCGCUGAACCACCAGGUCAAAGGUCACGCCCAGUCGGAUGUCGAGUUCACGCACGAGCUGACUCUGAGCGGCGUGCGGCCCAGCCAGGGGAGCUUCGCAGGCGGAGCUCUGCUGACGGUGCAGGGCUCCGGGUUCGACCCGCAGAACGCCACCGUGACGGUCUGCGGGGAGGCGUGCGAGGUCCUCCGAGAGACGGCCACGUCGUCCCGGCUGGACUGCCGCUCUCCGCCCAUCAACGACACCCGGCCCGUGGUCAGCUGCGUGGUCGCCGUCGUCAACCCGCUGGACGCCGUCAACAUGUCGGACGGCUACGCCUACAAAUCUCAGCUGACUCCGCUGAUCGCCGACGUCUCUCCGCGCAGAGGAGGCACCGCCGGAGGCACCCGGCUCACCAUCAGCGGCUCCGGUUUCAGCUCCGACAUAAACAAAGUCAACGUGACCAUCGCGGGCUCCGUGUGCGACGUUCAGUCCACCAACAGCACACACGUCAUCUGUGUGACCAACUCCCAGCGCCAGUCUCAGGAAACCAAAGUCCGACUCAGCAUCGGAGACCGAGGCGUCGCCACGAUGGACGAGGCGGACUUCUUCUACGUGGACGUGUGGUCGUCCAGGUUCACGUGGGGCGGCCAGCCUCCACCCGAGCAGGGCACCUUCGCCGUCAUCACCAAAGGCCAGACCAUCCUGCUGGACACCAGCACCCCGGUGCUGAAAAUGCUCCUCAUUCAAGGAGGCACGUUGGUGUUCGAUGAAGCGGACAUCGAGCUGCAGGCAGAAAACAUCCUGAUCACGGAUGGCGGAGUGCUCCAGAUCGGACAGGAGGGGGCGCCAUUCCAGCACAAAGCCAUCAUCACGCUGCACGGGAACCUGCGCUCGCCUGAGAUACCGGUUUAUGGGACCAAGACUCUGGGUGUCAGAGAGGGCGUGCUGGACCUGCACGGUAUUCCCGUCCCCGUCACCUGGACCCACCUGGCCGAGACGGCGGCCAACGGCUCCGUCACGCUGACUCUGAUGAAGGCGGUGACGUGGAAAGUCGGAGAUGAAAUUGUCAUCGCCUCCACCGGCCACAGGCACAGCCAGAAAGAGAACGAGCAGAAGACGAUCGCCGCCGUGUCGGCCGACGGCCGGACCCUGACCCUGACCGAGCCGCUCGAGUACUCUCACCUCGGGGUGACCGUCACGCUGCCCGACGGCACGGUGUUCGAGGGCCGAGCCGAGGUGGGUCUCCUCACCAGGAACAUCGUGGUGCGAGGCGCCGUGCACCAAGACUGGAACAAAGCCAUCGAAGCCUGCCCCGAGGGCUUCAACUCAGGUGAAUUCAGCACCCAGACUUGUUUCCAAGGGAGGUUUGGGGAGGAGACCGGCAGCGACCAGUUCGGAGGCUGCAUCAUGUUCCACGCGCCCACACCCGACAAGAACCUGGCCAUCGGCAGACUGGAAUUCGUUGAGGUCACCCAUGCCGGACAGGCCUUCAAACUGGGGCGCUACCCCAUCCACUGGCAUCUCAUGGGCGACGUCGCCGGCAAGUCAUACGUGCGUGGUUGCGCUAUCCACCGGACCUUCAACCGGGCCGUGACCAUCCACAACACGCACCACCUGCUGGUGGAGCACAACGUGAUCUUCGACAUCAUGGGCGGGGCCUUCUUCAUCGAGGACGGCAUCGAGACGGGCAACGUGCUGCAGUACAACCUGGCCGUGUUCGUCAAGCAGAGCACCAGCCUGCUGAACGACGACGUCACGCCCGCCGCCUACUGGGUCACCAACCCCAACAACGUCAUCCGCCACAACGUCGCCGCGGGCGGCACCCACUUCGGGUUCUGGUACCGCAUGCACGAGCACCCCGGCGGCUCGUCCUACGACGGAAACAUCUGCCAGAAGAAGGUUCCCCUCGGGGAGUUCUACAACAACACGGUGCACUCCCAGGGCUGGUUCGGCAUCUGGAUCUUCAAGGACUACUACCCCAUGAAGGACGGCGGCUGCCGCUCCAAGACCCCCGAGCCCGCCGUCUUCCGCGGCCUCACCGCCUGGAACUGCGAGAAGGGCGCCGAGUGGGUCAACGUGGGCGCCGUGCAGUUCAAGGACUUCUUGCUGGUCAACAACGAGAAAGCCGGCAUCGAAGCCAAGCGCAUCCUGCAGUGGGCCGUGGGCGGCUUCGGAGAAGCCGACGGGGCCACGGUGUCCAACUGCACCAUCGUGGGCCACGUGGACGAGCUCGGGCUGGGGGACGACUACUGCACGCACCGCGGCGUCAUCGCGCCGCUGGACGACGGCCUGAGCCUCCUGAACACCAAGUUCGUCAACUUCGACCGGAGCUCUUGCGCCGCCAUCGGCGUGGCCGCCAUCGACGGGACGUGUCCCGAUCGGUGCGGCGGCUGGUCGGUCCGGUUCAGCGGGAACCAGUACUUCAACUCCUUCAACAAGGCCGGCUUCAGGUGGGAGCAUGCGGUGCAGCUGGUGGACACCGAUGGCUCCCUCACAGGGAACAUCAACUACAAGGUGGUGCCGAUGAGCCCCCUGCUGGACCCCGCCCACUGUACCCAGAGCGCAGAGUGGAGCGUGGGCUUCCCCGGCGCCGUGUGCGACCACACGGUCACCUUCCACCGCUUGGCGCUCAACAACCCGACGCCUUCCUCCCUGAAGGCCAAGGACAUCAUCUUGACCAACGCUCACGGCAGCAGUGCGGUUCCCUAUUUGAAGAAGAGGAUGACCCACAAGCUCGGCUGGAUGGCGUUGAUCCCCUCUGGACAAAAGUACAACUGGUUCUUCCAAGAUGCCGACCACAUCACCAACAUCACCUACGAUGCAAAGUUCUACGGCUUCGGCUCGGAUCAAUAUGUGAUCAUCAACCACAACUUCACCCAGAGUCCAGACCGCUUCAGGGUCAUCGAUGACAGGAACGGCUCGGCGGCGCCGCUGAGCUUCAGCGACAACGAGAACGGAGACUGGUACUUCGACGAGACCACCAACAACAUGGAAUACAUCGUGUCGGGGAAGACGAGCCAGCGCCGGCGCCGGUCCAGCGUGGACCGCUCCAUGAAGGACACCGCGGUGAACUUCGAGGUGUACCGCUGCUUCUACCCCGACUGCAUCACCCCGCCGCCCCCGCCCCCGGCCACGCUCGCCCCGCUCCCCACCCAGCGGCCUGACAACUUCAUCCUGUGGUCUAACGCCUCCUUCUGGACCAGCUCAGCUGAGAACAACUUCACGGCCCCCGUGGAGGGCGCUGACGUGGUCAUCCCCUCAGGGACGUGGGUGGUGCUGGACGGCGACACGCCUCCGCUCAACAAGCUGACGGUGGUCGGGGUUCUGGAGAUCCCCGAUCACGCCCUCAACUCCUCCUCCAGACCGUCUCGGGCCGCUCCCCAGUACCGCUCCGUGGUCCUGGAUGCCGUCUACAUCUCCAUCCAGGGCGGCCGGCUGAUCGCGGGCUGGGACGACGAGCCGUUCAGGGGUCAGCUGCUCAUCCGCCUGAGAGGGAACCACCUCACGCCGGACUGGCCCCUCCCCCAGGGGCCCAACCAGGGCUCCAAGGUCCUGGGUGUGUUCGGAGCCCUGGAGCUCUUUGGACUCCCUCACAACGUCUACCACACCAAGCUGGCCUCCACGGCUGAGGCCGGGUCCGACACCCUGGAGCUGUCUCAGCCUGUGGACUGGCAGGUCGGAGACGAGGUCGUCGUCUCCACCACCAGCUACGACGCGUGGGAAACGGAGAAACACCAGAUCGCCGCCGUGUCGACAGACGGCCGCGUCCUGACCCUGAACCGACCUUUGAACCACGCUCACAUCGGUGAGGCUCACUCCGUCUCGGGGACGUCCUCCUCCUACGUGCUGGCGGCCGACGUCGGCCUCGUGACCCGGAACAUCAAGAUCAUCGGAGAGGAGUAUCCGGAGAUGAUGUCGGAGUCGUUCGGAGCCAGACUGCUGGUGGGCAGCUACUCCUGGGAUGGAAUCGACUACAAAGGAAAGGCUCAGGUCAGGAAUGUGGAGUUCUUCCACUCCGGUCAGGAAGGCUGGACCGACGACGACGACCCCCGUUACUCUGUGGCCUUCCUCAAUCUGGGAGAGGUUUCUAUUGAGGACUCGUACAUUCAGGGAUGUGCGUUCCACGACGGCUUCUCCCCGGCCAUCGGAGUCUACGGCACGGAGGGCCUGAGCGUCGACGACAACGUGGUCCACCACACCGUGGGCGAAGGUAUCAGAAUUUGGGGCGACAGGAUAACAGUGAGGAGGAACCUGGUGAUGAUGUCGCUGUGGCCCGGCUCGUACCAGGACCGAGAGGAGGACUUCAACUACGACUGGAACGCUGCCAUCGAGGUCAACGAGGGGACCAACGUGGUGCUACAGCAUAACAUCGUGGCCGGUUACGAGAGAGUCGCUUAUCGCAUCGACGGUGAACCGUGUCCAGGUUCCUCGAACGACAACGAGAAGUGGAUGCAGAACGAGGCCCACGGUGGUCUGUUCGGGGUCUACCUGAACAAAGACGGCCUGCCCGGCUGCAGCCUCGUCCAGGGCUUCUUCGUCUGGAGGAGCUUCGACUACGGCGUCUACUUCCAGGUCGUCAUGAGCGUCAUCGUCUCCAACGUGACGCUGGUGGACAACGGGAUGGGCGUCAUGCCUCUCAUCUUCGCCCCGCCGUCGCUCUCCCACUCGUACGCCGAUAAAACCGUCGACGUCCAGAACGCCCUGAUUGUCGGCAGCAGCCCGAACUUCAACUGUUCGGCCACUCUGCCCGGCCGUGACUUCAACAUGGCCAACAGCUUCGGCAGCCGAGCCCCGAGACCGCUCACAGGAGGCAGAUCUGGAAUCUGUUGGCCCAAUUUCGCCUCGUCUCACAACACCGCUCCGAAGAUGGCCCAUCACAUCAACAUGAACUACAACGCCAUCAAAGGCCUGAUGAGAGUCUCGGACACGACGUUCGCCGGUUUCCAGAAGGUCUGCUCCGAGGAGAUGAGCUUCAUGUUCAUGACCAACCCCAUCAACGAGGACCUGCAGCACCCGGUGCACGUGUCGGGCGUCACGAUGGUGGACAGCGCCGAGGACAACAGAGUCUUCAUCCACCGGCCGGACGUGGCUAAAGCGAACCCGGCCGACUGCGUGGACAUGGACUGCGACGCGAAGAAGAAGAGCAUGGUGAAGGACCUGGACGGCUCGUUCCUGGGCGCCGUGGGAACGGUGGUGCCUCAGUCGGAGUACGAGUGGGACGGGGAUGCCCGGAGAGGGCUGGGCGACUACCGCAUCCCCAAAGUCAUGCUCACCUUCCUGAACGGCAGCCGCAUCCCCGUCGACCAGAUAGCGCCACACAAAGGCGUGAUCCGGGCCGGCUGCUCCUACAUGAGCUCCUGGCAGAGCUACAAGUGCUUCGGCCUGAACUACCGGAUGCUGGCGAUCGAGAGUCUGGACUCCGACACGGAGACCCGGCGCCUGUCCCCCGUCGCCGUGCUCGGAGACGGCUACUUGGAUCUGAUCAACGGUCCUCAGGACCACGGCUGGUGCUCGGGCUACACCUGCCAGAAGAGGGUGUCCCUCUUCCACAGCAUCGUGGCCACCGGCCACUCCUUCGACGUCUUCUUCACCAGCGUCGGCCCCCAGAAGCUCCGCCUCAUGAUGCUCAACGCGGAUCCGUCUGAGAGCGUCAUCGUGUCGGUCUUCUACUCCAAGCCGCAGCGGUUGGACGUGUACGUGGACGACAAUCUGGUCGCUCCGACUAACGUCCUGUGGAACUCUGAGCAGACGGACUACACCCUGAAGAAGCCCAUCUCAGGUACUCCUUUCGAGCCCCAGCUGAACGCCACCCUGGGCACCAACUACUUCGAGCAGGACAGCAAGAUGCUGAGGUUGGUGGUGAGAGGCUCCCUGCCGGUGGAGAUCAGAAUCUCCCCGGUCCUCAUCAUCUCCUUCGAGCUGCCCGCCAUGACCGAGGACGAGUUCUUCGGAGACAGCCUGAUUCGAAACCUCGCGGCAUUCCUCAAAAUUCCCCCGAACAUGAUCCGGAUCACCAAAAUCAUCCGAGAGGACGGGUCCUCGCGGCGCAGGAAGAGAUCCGCGGGCCUGACGGUGGAGGUGGAGAUCAAGAAACCUCCGGUCCUGAAAACCGACAACGCCACCAACGACGAGGCGGACUUCACGCUGUUGAAGACUGCCGCUGACGAUCUGGGUCAGGCAGCCGUCUCCGGCAGCCUCAGUGAGUCCAUCGGCUUCAACGUCUCCUCGGUGGGCGUCAUCCCGCCUCCUCCUCCGGCGUCUGACCCCGACUGGAAUAAGGAGGCCAUGGAAGAAGUGACCAGGGAGGAGCCGGCGGUGAGCUUCGUGUCCAGCGUCAGCGACCUGCUGCUGAUCGAGGAGCCGACGGCCGGGGAGUUCGUGGGUCCUCUGACCCAGCAGCCCCGGCUGCAGGCCGUGGACGAGCUGGGUAACUGUGUCGCCGUGGGAGUGACCAGUCUCACCGUCACAGCCAGCCUGAAGAACGCCGACGGGACCGCCGUGGACGGACUGGAAGGCAACGUCACCAUCCUGUUCAGCAGCUGCUGGGCGAACUUCACCGACCUGUCCAUCCAGGAAAGAGGAGACGACCUGACCAUGGUCUUCACCCUGAAGACGUGGGGCGCCGAGUCUCGCGCCUUCACCGUAAAAGACACUCCGACCACCCAGAUGCCGACGACCACGACGGUCGCCACCGGCGAGUGGAGCAUCUUCGGCUCCGCCUCCCCCGUGCCGGCCGGCGGUCUGUGCCUGGCCAGCGUGAUCUACGCCGUGGCCUGCUGCUCGGACGCCGACCCCAUUUGCUAGAUGGUUCUGUGAAGUCGAGAGAUUUCUUUUUAGGAAGGACACCUCGUCACGAACAAGUCCGCUGAAGAAAAAAAUAUAUAUUUUAAAAUAUAUCGUGAAUGGGUUUUCUGUUUCCGGGGAUCGAUUUAGCACUUUAAACCAAUGAACGUGGAUGGGGUUAUUUCUUAAAACUCAUAGUUAAAGAAGGUAAAUAAAGAGCACCCACCCCUCCCCUCUGUGAGGACUGUGUGGUGAUAUUUCUUGUUUCUUUAUUGUAUUAUGCGUAAAUGUUUUAAUGGUUACUCUCAGGGUGGAGGACACAUAAAUGUUUUAUGGUAAAACGGGUGCAGGUACUUAACGACAUGAAGGAAGAUAUGAGGUUU